AUGGAUAGCCUAAAAGAGAAUUCCAGAAAGUGGCCAUAUUUCGCACCAUUUGAGGUAGUCGUUCACAAUACUUACGAUGAUUGCUGGGUAUCUUUUUUGGGUAAAGUAUUCGAUAUCACUCCAAUAAUAGAAAGACACAUGAAAGAAAAAUGUGUUCAAAGUCUAUUGGCAUUAGCGGGUAAAGAUAUUUCUUACUGGUUCGAUGAAUCAACAGGUGAUAUUCAAUAUUACGUCCAUCCCGAAACUGGAUGUUACAUACCUUAUUGUCCACACGGACCUAUUCCUGAUGUAAGUUUAGAAGUUCCAGUUACUGAUUGGAAGCCAUUGGAUAGACCACCGUGGUGGAUGGAUGACCAAUAUCAAGUUGGGUUACUAACUAAGAGAGUAAGGCCUAUACGAAUCAUCAACAUGGUAUGCCCUUUCUAUAAAGAAGUUCUAAUAAAUGUUUGUUGUGAAGAUACUUUCUACAGAAUCCAGGAAAGAUACAAUUUAUUUAAUAGUGAUGCAGAUAGCUAUACAUGGAGAUAUAUGGGAAAGAACUUAAAUAUGAACAAAACCAUGGAAGAAAAUAACAUUCCAGACGAAAGAGACAAUUUCACAGACUUAGGAUUGCCUCAAAAUUAUUACGUACCGAGUGUAUUUUUAUACUACAAUGAUGAUCUUAAAUACUAUGAUUUUGAUAAUGACGAAUGUGAACCCGUACCUUCAAAUGACGCAAUUGGUUGUCCUAGCAAUCGCUUUUAAAUAUAAAAUUAUUCAAAAUUGUUGUUUUUAACACGCUAAUAUUAGAUUCAUUUAUUUCAAAAAUGAUGUUGAACUUUUUAGUUUGAUGUGCCUUAACAGCGUCUCUUUAGUAUUUUCAAACUAUAUUUAUAUGUGUACAAAAUCGCAUGCUGAACAAAAUAAAUAGGACUUCCAAUUUUAACCAAUUAAAAUGUAUUUACAUGCCUGACGAUUUAUGUUAUAUAUCAAAAA